AAUAACAAACCCCGCGGCGGCCGCGACCCGGUGUCACCGAGCUCGGGCUGCCUUGGGUCCCAGUGCCUCGGCGGGCUGACUCCGGUCCCCGCGCGGUGUCAAGAGGUCUGAGCAGCGGCUGCGGCCGACCCCGCAACCGCCGAACCUCCGGGCCGCGCCGGGCUCUCGGCGGCCGGGCGCCGACGGUUGUGUCGGUUGGCGGCGCCGCUGGGGCGGUUGGUGGCCGCCGCCGAGGCCAGGGCGGCGGCAGAAGAUGGUGCCGGGGGCCUCCGGCUGUGCUGCUGCCGCGGGCGGAGGAGGCGCUGCCGCCGGAUUUGUUUAUUAAUUAUGUAUGGAGUGUUCUGCCUGCAUGUAUCUGUGCAGGCCAGAAGAAGGCACCAGCUCUUAUUACAAUGGCUGUGAGCCGUCAUGUGGUUGCUGGAAAGUGAACUCAGAACCUCUGGAAGAACAGUCGGUAUUCUUAACCUCCGAGCCAUCUCUCCAGCCUCAACACAGUGAUGAUGUUUCAUGAGGAAAAUUAGAAUCAUUCCAGUUGAAAGUUCUCUGAGGUUCACCAGUAGUGCCACUCAGUUGCCAAUAUCAAGCAAGCCCAUAUAAACCGUUUGUACUCUUUUAAGAAAGGCAAUAAUAUUCUUCACGGAACCAGGGAAGUGCACCAGAGUGUGAGGUACGGCUCACAGAUUCCAGAAAGAUCAUCAUGAAGUUAUAUGUGUUUCUGGUUAACACUGGGACCACUCUAACAUUUGACACUGAGCUAACUGUGCAAACUGUGGCUGACCUUAAGCAUGCCAUUCAAAGCAAAUACAAGAUUGCUAUUCAGCACCAGGUGCUAGUGGUCAAUGGAGGAGAGUGCAUGGCUGCAGAUCGAAGAGUGUGUACCUACAGUGCUGGAACGGACACAAAUCCAAUUUUUCUCUUUAAUAAAGAAAUGAUCUUAUGUGACCGUGCACCUGCUAUUCCUAAAACUACCUUUUCAACAGAAAAUGACAUGGAAAUAAAAGUUGAGGAGUCUCUUAUGAUGCCUGCAGUUUUCCACACUGUUGCUUCAAGGACACAACUUGCAGUGGAAAUGUAUGAAGUUGCCAAGAAGCUUUGCUCUUUCUGUGAAGGUCUUGUCCAUGAUGAACAUCUACAGCACCAAGGCUGGGCUGCAAUCAUGGCCAAUCUGGAGGACUGUUCAAAUUCAUACCAAAAGCUUCUUUUCAAGUUUGAAAGUAUUUAUUCAGAUUAUCUGCAGUCCAUAGAAGACAUCAAGUUAAAACUUACUCAUUUAGGAACCGCGGUUUCAGUAAUGGCCAAGAUUCCUCUCUUGGAGUGCCUAACCAGACAUAGUUACAGGGAAUGUUUGGGAAGACUGGAUUCUUUAAAUGAACAUGAAGACUCAGAGAAAAUUGAGAUGAAAAGAUCCACUGAACUGGUGCUCUCUCCUGAUAUGCCUAGAACAACUAACACAUCCAUGUUAACCUCAUUUCACAAGUCAGUGGAGCAUGUACCUCCAGAUCCCACUGAUGCUGAACCGGGCAAAGGACUUAGGGAAUCUUGUCAAAGUACUGUCCAGCAAGAAGAAGCUUCAGUAGAUGAGAAAGACAGUGAUCUUCCUUUUUUUAAUGUGUCCUUGUUAGACUGGAUAAAUGUUCAAGAUAGACCUAAUGACGUGGAAUCUUUGGUCAGGAAGUGCUUUGAUUCUAUGAGCAGGCUUGACCCAAAGAUUAUUCAACCAUUUAUAUUAGAAUGCCAUCAAACUAUUGCCAAACUUGAUAAUCAGAACAUGAAAGCCAUUAAAGGACUUGAAGAUCGUCUGUAUGCCCUGGACCAGAUGAUUGCUAGCUGUGGCCGACUGGUAAAUGAACAGAAAGAGCUUGCUCAGGGAUUUUUAGCUAAUCAGAUGAGAGCUGAAAACUUGAAGGAUGCAUCCGUGUUACCUGAUUUGUGCCUGAGUCAUGCAAAUCAGCUGAUGAUUAUGUUGCAAAACCACAGAAAAUUGUUGGAUAUUAAACAGAAGUGUACCACUGCCAAACAAGAGCUAGCAAACAACCUACAUGUCAGACUGAAGUGGUGUUGUUUUGUGAUGCUUCAUGCUGAUCAAGAUGGAGAAAAGCUGCAAGCACUGCUGCGCCUUGUCAUAGAGCUGCUAGAGAGAGUCAGAAUUGUUGAGGCUCUCAGCACAGUCCCUCAGAUGUACUGCCUAGCCGUGGUUGAGGUCGUGCGGAGAAAAAUGUUCAUUAAACACUACAGAGAGUGGGCCGGUGCUUUAGUCAAAGAUGGGAAACAAUUGUAUGAAGCUGAAAAGUCCAAAAGGGAAUCCUUUGGGAAAUUAUUUAGGAAAUCCUUCUUAAGAAAUCGUCUAUUUAAGGGACUGGACUCCUGGCCCCCCUCAUUUUGUACUCAGAAGCCUCGAAAAUUUGACUGUGAACUUCCAGACAUAACAUUAAAAGAUUUACAGUUUCUCCAAUCAUUUUGUCCUUCAGAAGUGCAGCCAUUCCUCAGGGUUCCCUUACUUUGUGACUUUGAACCUCUACACCAGCAUGUACUUGCCCUACAUAAUUUGGUAAAAGCAGCACAAAGUUUGGAUGAAAUGUCACAGACCAUUACAGAUCUGCUGAAUGAACAAAAGGUGUCCGCAAGUCAAGCAUCCCCACAGUCAGCUGCUUCUCCAAGGAUAGAAAGUACAACGACUACCUCACCAAAAACUCCUCCUCCACUAACUGUUCAGGAUCCCUUAUAUCCAGCAGUGUGUCCCUUAGAAGAAUUAUCUCCAGACAGCAUUGAUGCUCAUACAUUUGACUUUGAAACCAUCUCCCAUCCAAAUGCAGAACAAACAAUUCACCAAGCUUCGUUAGACUUGGAUUCAUUAGCAGAAAGUCCUGAGUCUGAUUUUAUGUCUGCUGUGAAUGAGUUUGUGAUUGAAGAAAACUUAUCAUCUCCAAACCCUAUAAGUGAUCCACAAAGUCCUGAAAUGAUGGUGGAGUCACUUUAUUCAUCAGUCAUCAAUGCCAUAGAUAGUAGGCGCUUGCAGGACACGAGUGCACAUGGAAAAGAGGGACUGGGAGAGCGUGCUGCUCUGCAUGUCCAGCUGGAGAAAUGCAAAGUUGCUGCCCAAGACUCUCAUGUCGGUAUACAAACCAUCAAGGAAGAUCUGUGCCAUCUCAGAACAUUCGUACAAAAAGAACAGUGUGAUUUAUCAAAUUCUUUAAAAUGUAUAGCAAUAGAAAUAAGAAACAUUAUUGAAAAAGUCAAAUGCUCCCUAGAAAUAACUCUAAAGGAAAAACAUCAGAAAGAACUCCAGUCUUUAAAAAGUGAGUAUGAAUGUAAACUUGAUGCUCUAGUAAAAGACAGUGAAGAAAAUGCAAAUAAAAUUAAAAAAUUGAAAGGAGAUUUAAUAUCCCUUGAGGAAGUUUUACAAAGUAAAGACAGCGAAUUUGCAUUGAUUAAACAUGAAAAGGAUGCUGUCGUCUUCUUGCAGCGUGAAAAGGACCAGAAGUUGGUAGAAAUGGAAAAUAUUAUGCGUACUCAAAAUUGUGAAAUUGAAGAAUUAAAGCAGUCACGAGAGAUGGCGUUAGAAGACCUGAAAAAGCUACAUGUUGAAAAUGAUAAGAAAAUAGAGUCACUGAAAGCUGAAUUUCAGUGCUUAGAGCAAAGCCACCUAAAGGAAUUAGAGGACACAAUGCAUGUCAGACACACACAUGAGUUUGAGAAAGUUAUGACAGACUAUAAAGUGUCGUUGGAGAGAUUGAAAAAGGAAAAUCAACAAAGAAUUGACCAGAUACUAGAAUCUCAUGCCUCAACUCUCCAGGAAAAAGAACAACAGUUGCAGGAAUUGAAACUCAAGGUUUCUGAUUUGUCAGACAUGAGGUGUAAAUUGGAGGUCGAACUUGCAUUAAAGGAAGCAGAAACCGAUGAGAUAAAGAUCUUGUUGGAAGAGAGCAGAACUCAGCAAAAGGAAACUUUGAAGACUCUCCUUGAGCAAGAGACAGAAAACUUGAGGACAGAAAUAAGUAAACUAAACCAAAAGAUUCAUGAAAAUAAUGAGAAUUAUCAGGUGGGCUUAGCAGAAUUAAGAGCUUUAAUGACAAUUGAAAAAGAUCAGUGCAUUUCCGAAUUAAUUAGUAGACACGAAGAAGAAUCUAACGUACUUAAGGCUGAAUUAGACAGUGUAACAUCAUUGCAUCAUCAAGCAUUUGAAAUAGAAAAAAACUUGAAAGAACAAAUAGUUGAACUGCAGAGUAAAUUGAACUCAGAACUGAGUGCACUUGAAAGACAAAAAGAUGAAAAACUAAGCCGACAAGAAGAGAAGUAUGAGGCUCUCAUCCAGAACCUAGAAAAAGACAAGGAAAAGUUGGUCAUGAGCCAUGAACACGACAAAGAACAGUUAAUUCAGAGGCUUAAUUACGAAAAAGACGAAGCUAUUCAAACUGCACUAAAUGAAUUUAAGUUGGAGAGAGAACUUGUUGAGAAAGCAUUAUUAGAAAAAGUUAAACAUCUUGAGAAUCAAAUAGCCAAAAGUUCUGCUCUUGAAUCAGCCAGAGAAGAUUCUUCAAGCUUAGUUGCUGAACUUCAAGAGAAGCUUCAGGAAGAAAAAGCUAAGUUUCUAGAACAGCUUGAAGAACAAGAAAAAAGAAAGAAUGAAGAAAUGCAGAAUGUCCGGACAUCUUUGAUUGCUGAACAACAGACCAAUUUUAACACUGUUUUAACAAGAGAGAAAAUGAGGAAAGAAAACAUAAUAAAUGAUCUCAGUGAUAAAUUAAAAAGUACAAUGCAGCAACAAGAGCGUGAUAAAGAUUUGAUAGAGUCCCUUUCUGAAGACCGAGCUCGUUUGCUUGAAGAGAAGAAGAAGCUUGAAGAGGAAGUGAGCAAAUUGCGCACCAGCGGUUUCCUUCCCUCGGCCUCUGCAGCUGCUGAGCCAGAGCUCUAUGGGGCCUGUGCACCUGAGCUGCCUGGGGAGACAGAGAGAGCAGCCACGGAGAUAGCUGAUGAAGGAAGGGUGGACUCAGCGAUGGAGACAAGCAUGAUGUCUGUCCAAGAAAACACGCUAUCCGAAGAGAAGCAGAGGAUCAUGCUUCUAGAGCGGACGUUGCAGCUGAAAGAAGAAGAAAACAAGCGGUUAAAUCAGAGGCUGAUGUCUCAGAGCAUGUCCUCAGUGUCUUCAAGGCAUUCUGAAAAAAUAGCCAUUCGAGAUUUUCAGGUGGGAGAUUUGGUUCUCAUCAUCCUAGAUGAACGGCAUGACAAUUAUGUGUUGUUUACUGUUAGUCCUACUUUGUAUUUUCUGCAUUCAGAGUCUCUUCCUGCCCUGGACCUCAAACCAGGUGAGGGAGCUUCAGGUACAUCUCGACGACCCUGGGUCCUUGGAAAAGUAAUGGAAAAGGAAUAUUGUCAAGCCAAAAAGGCACAAAACAGAUUUAAAGUUCCUUUGGGGACAAAGUUUUACAGGGUGAAAGCUGUGUCAUGGAAUAAGAAAGUAUAGCCACAGAAGAAAUCUACAUCUGAUACCAUUUUCUGAUUUGUCCUCCAGUGCUAAUAAAUCACUCAACUGGCCAUCCUGUUUUUACAAAAGUCAACACAACAGUAUACUUCAUUGGUGAUCUGCACAUUUAAGUGGAUACAUCUUAAGAACAAUAAAUUCAUCAAAAUUCUUGGCUGAAUCGAAAUGGUUUUGUUUUGUUUCCACACAAAUAACUAGAAAUGCGGACCAAACUAGUUAAUUUCUUCAAGGGCGGAGCCUGCACUGUGGCUUCUGACUAGCCUCGUUAAUUGCCUGCUAAUAAACAUUAGCUGAAUAGAUACCAGUGUUGUUGUUACCAGCAUCUGUUCUCUUGUGAACUCAAGAGUCCUUUCACUCUUUAACGCAUACUUUAUAAAAUGUAUAAAUCCUUCCAAACUAUUUAAAGAGGAGUGUUACUGCAUGCAGAUAAUCAUAAUUUUGAGUUUGCCUCAGAAGACUGCUAACGCAAAUUCUUUAAUUUUUUAAAAUGCCCUUUGAUGUUUCAAAAAAUAAAUAACAGUGUAAUUUGACUGACUUUAAGAUCAGCCAUAAAUGAUGAGCAAUCUUCAGAAGCACUCUCCAGACAGCCCAUCGUUCUUCUGGGGAAGGAGAGUCUGCACCGCUGAGAUUUUCAAAUGCAGGACUCAAACGUCUCAGCAUCUUAGAACUGUUUCAAAUAAUCAUAUUGAUGAACUCAUAAAGAUAUUCAUUGUACAUUAACAUAUAGAGGUCAUUUAAAUAACAAAAUACUGUAUUGUAAAGGACCUGUACAAUUUUAAGACAAUAAAGAAUUGAAAGUGUAAAUGUGUGUGCCUUUUGAAGGUUACGUUUCUAAUCUAUUUGUGUGAUUGCUGGGAAGGGUAAAAAAUGUCUGUAUCAAAGAGAAACAUGUUAAUUAUAAAAAUAUUGUUUGUAUCAUAUGUAACAGUGAAGUGGUGCUCUCUGGAAGGGAACCCUGUAAAGUCGGGCUUUAGAAGCUGGCACCGCGCUAAGUGUGCUGAAGCAGCUGGUUGAUUAGAGAGAAUGUCUUCAGGGUUAUUGCUAGAGAGCAGUAAGAAAUUCUUUUUCAGAAAUAUUUAAUUUCUUCAUAAAAAUAAGUUGAAUAUUUUUAUAAGUAUGUAAUCUAAUAGAACGAAAAUAGAAUAAACAUAGUGUAUAGAAUACUGAAUUUGACAACAUUACUGAAUAAAUGAACAAAUGAUUUCAUACGUUUCUAUUCAAUCCUUCGAUGACAUCUUUAUGGAGUAACUACAAGUAUAUCAGAAAUGACUGUAUUUUUUUUUAACAAUUGUGUUUGUGUCUGAGUCUCAGGCCUUUUUACUUAAUGCUCUUCAGAUUUAAUAUAUGGUAUUAUGCUGUAGAAUUAUUGGAAUCAUUGCUGUAACACACUAAAUUUCUCCUUAAUACUGAUCUUAAUGUUAGUUGUGGUUGUUGAUUAUUUUUGUUAUAUGGUGCAUUCACAUUCAUCUUGUCAGUGUUCACACAUCUCAUAAUAAAAUGAAAGCUGAGAUAAUUUUGUUAGAAGAGAAACAAAACAUUCCCAAGAAGCUAAAUUCAUUGAGUCUUAGUUUUGUACAAUUCGAAGCAAUAUGAGCUUUGGAACCAGAAUGCAUAACUUUCAGUCUCAUAUGACUUCCAUAAACUUACUCCUCAUUUGUGCCAUGUUUAAAACAGGGUAAUGGAACCUACAUAAUGUAGUUUGCACUUUUAAUGCAAAUUAUAAAUAUUAGUGAUUUAAGCAGUUUUAGGAAUGUUCAAUACUCAACAAAUGUUAACUAAUAUAAAAGUUUCUUUAUACGGACAGUACUGUCAUGUGGCAAAAGAAAUGUAGCUUUGGUGGGGCCAGAUUCAGUUCCAGCAUCUCAGGAGGCUGAGGUUGGAGUGCUUGAGCAAAAGGAAGAGCCCAUAUAAAGAGCAGGUGGGAAAAAGCUUUUUACCAUAAACUUUUUGGUUUUCCCAGACAGGCUUUCUCUGUGAAACCCUGGCUGUCCAGGAGCUUGGCUUUGUAGAUAAGGAUGUCAGAUAGUGUUGGCACGUGCCUUUAAUCCCAGUACUUGGAAGGAAGAAAGAGGCAGACAGAUCCCUGAGUUCAAGACCAACUUGUCAACAUAGCCAGAGAUUCACAGAGAAAAAUGCAUGUUAUAUGUAACAGCAAUUUGUAAUAAUAAAAGGACUAUAUUUG